AUGCCCGGAGGUCUGCUGCUCGGAGACGAGGCCCCCAACUUCAAGGCGGACACUACGAUCGGUCGUAUCCGCUUCCACGAUUUCCUCGGAGACUCAUGGGGCAUUCUCUUCUCCCACCCUCGGGACUUUACCCCAGUGUGCAUAACAGAGCUGGGCCGUGCUGCCAAGCUGGCCCCGGAAUUCGCCAAGCGGAAUGUUAAGAUGAUUGCCUUUUCCAUUGACUCUGUCCAAGACCAUCUUGCCUGGAGUAAGGAUAUCAAUGCAUACAAUGGAGAUGAGCCCAUAGAGAAGCUGCCUUUCCCCAUCAUUGAUGAUCACAACCGAGACCUCGCCGUCAAGUUGGGCAUGUUAGACCCAGAUGAACGGGAUGGGCAGGGCAUGCCUUUGACAGCUCGUGUGGUAUUUAUUUUCGGCCCAGAUAAGAAGUUGAAGCUUUCUAUCCUCUACCCAGCAACAACUGGCAGGAACUUUGAUGAGAUCCUCAGAGUGGUUAAUUCCCUUCAGUUGACAGCAUACAAGAAGGUUGCUACUCCUGUCGACUGGAAAUGUGGAGAUAGUGUCAUGGUUAUUCCAACUCUCUCUGAAGAGGAGGACAAAAAACUCUUUACUAAAGGCGUCUUCACCAAAGAGCUCCCUUCAGGCAAGAAAUACCUACGGUACACCCCUCAGCCAUAGGCUACUCCAGCAAGACCAUGCUGGGGUCUAGCUGGGGCUCCCUUGAAGAUCUCUACCAGAAGAUAUCAGCCUGCCAAUCAUGUCUUCCUACAGUAAUUGAUUUAAAUAUCUUUCGGUGAUGAAAGUCAGGAGUCUUUGGGAUGGUCUACUAAUGGCUUGUUAAAUUAAAAUGGCACUAAAAGUCACCCGUGA